AUGGACAGCACAAGAGCUGUUGCGGCUAACGUUCCGCAUGCGACGCCUUCACAGCCGUUAACGAGGGCAUCGCCUCCAGACCCGUAUGACCGACUUCAACCCGACCCGGCGUCCCAGGCUCAGAUCCUGAGAUCAUACCAGCGCGAUGCUACUCAAGUUUCACGCCUGACUGAGCUUGUCUCUGAGCUCCUCCGGUCUGCUGCAGGCACUCGAUGGCUUGCCCACCGGCAGAUGAUCGUCGACCUCGCGGUGCGCGCAGCGUACCUAUUGUUGACUUUUGGCCGUGGAAAGCAGACUCUUGGAGAGGAGUAUACCGAUAUCCUUCCCAUGCGUCGACGAACCAAGCAGCUGCCGUCACGAAGUGGUCAACCGGGAGACGACUCGUUUGCAGCUCGAGUCAAGGCUCGAUUGGCGAAGUUCCUGGAGUCGCCGCUCGGCCAGAGCUUGCCGGAAAUCCACCUGGUGCUCUUCAUGUUCAGAGGAACUUUCUAUGAGGCUGCCCGACGCUUUACCGGUUUGACCUACAUCUCCGAUCUCCCGCCUCGUCGACCCGAGAAUCGCGCACCGUCUUAUGAGCCGCUGGGUCUCAUCAUGGCCCUGCCUUUGCUGUAUCGGUUAUUCCCUAAGUUCAGGAGCAGCUCCUCGUCGGCGCCUAGAGCGGCUAUCCCCGCCGGUAUCCUUCCGAAAGAGAAGACCGACGCCGGACCAAUCCCGGUCAGUGGUCCGAACAACUCGGUCGUUGUUACUCCCGGGACGAACUACGACGCGCCUAAUACGUACCUCACGAUCGAAGCCCAAGAGCUGCCGGAACGACAGUGUACGCUCUGCCUGGAGCCUCGCGGAUCCGGUGAAGGGUCAGGAGGUACGGUCGCCGUGACGGAGUGCGGUCACAUCUUCUGUUGGGGAUGCCUAGGCGGCUUGGACAAGAUGGAAUGUCCCCUUUGCCGACAGGCGCUGAGAAUGGAGCGGCUUGUCGCGGCUUACAACCUUUAG